AUGGACCGCUACGUGCUGCUCCUGAGCUGGGGCGAGCGCCGGGCCGAGGGCGGGCCCGCGGCAGCGACCGCCGCAGCUGGGACUGCUGCUGACAUAUAUCAGUUUCUGAAAGAAAGUUGUAAUGCAUCUAUAAACACAGAUGUGAGCACAUUCCCAGCAUGCUCAGUGGCUGGUAUUCCAGGUGCAAAGAAAUGGUAUUUUGCAAGUCAGGUCAUUUGUGGUUAUUAUCAGUUCUGCAGUUCUGACUGGGAGGAAAUAAAUGUUGGCACACAGAAAAAUGAAGACUCUCACCAAGAAAGUAUUGAUGAGAACCUGCGAACCACACAAAAUUUUGAGGAAGAUGACAGUAACAGUCAAGAAUCACUGUCUCUGACUGAUAUCUAUGAUGAAGCUGCUGAAAGUCUGCAUCAAUUAGCUGAUAAACUGCCUGCCCCAGGCAGAGCAAUGGUUGAUGUAAUCCUGCAGGCUGUUGAAUGUGAUGGACCCAAGUUAAAGGACUGCUUACCUGCUGUUGGUGCCCUGAAACACCUGCGAGAGUGGCACUCUGCACAGAUCACUAUUGCAGCAAGUGAUGCUAAAGGUAGCUGGCAAAAGAUUGCAGACUAUCUGUCAGCAGACUUCGUAUCUUCAGAUGAUAUCAUGAAUAUUAUUGAUUUAAAUGAACUCUGGAGAGGAAAGAUUCAGAUCUGGGAAAGAAAGUUCGGAUCAGGAGUAGAUUUUCCAGAAUUUUGUAUUAAGAGCACUUCAGCCAAGACAUUCAGGACUGCAAAAUUAAAUUCUUGCUUUGCUGCUAAGAAAGAGUGGCAAUUGAGGAACACUGAUACUUUGCCAGAAGUUUUUCAUUACUAUGGUCCUACGCUGGAAUUUUUACAGAUGGUGGUUCUUUCUGAUCUACCUUCCAUUUUUAUAUCAGAUCUGGAGUUUGAGCUGAGUCUGUCAAGAAAGAAUACCGAGGAGACAUCUACACUGCUUCUGGACCAGAUUUCUUUUCUCUCUGGGAAGGUGGGAGCUUUAUUUACAUUGCCAUGUAAUGUAAGCAGUGUAGUGAUCCCAUCUCCUGCCCAGCUGAGCAGCAAGAAAUGGAAGGAAUAUAUGGCUAAGAAACCCAAGGUCAUUUCUGUUCCAGAAAUUGAACUGAAAGGAGAAUCUUGCCGAUACUAUUUCUUGCUACAAGGCAACAGCUCUGGAGGAUGUAAAGCAACCUUGAUUCAUUCAGCUGGCCAGAUCAAUGGGAUGGCCACUCUUGCUGCAGUAAAUGGAAAGCUAAAGGCAAAAGCAGAAGAAACAGAGUCAGACUUUCAUAUUUCUGACUUUAUCAAGUCUCUGCCAUGCUAUUGUGGAGAGGAGAUUGUACAGAGAGAAACAAAACUGUCUCGUCUCCAAGUGUUUGCCUUGAAGGAGUAUCUCAACAGAAAGGAAUUGACCAAGAAGCCUGCAGUUAUUUCUACCAAUGAGUUUAGAAGCUUAUUAAAACUUACAAGAGAAUGUUUUUUGGCCCUGUACAGCACUAGUCUUCCUAAACCCGUUCUACAGAAAGUCUGCAAUAAAACCAGAUCAUGCACUAUGACUUGUGAGCCUGAUUUAAUGGAGCCAAAUCCAUUGGAGUGGCCAGAAAGACACGUUCUUCAGAAUUUAGAAAACUUUGAAAAAAACAAGCAAAAAAUGAGAGUUCCUCUGUUUGCACAUUCGUCCGAGCAGUUGCUGGGACAUAAAGACAGCCAGCGGGAGUCCCUGACCCUGCUGGAUGCUAAAGAGCUGCUGAAGUAUUUCACCCCAGAAGGGCUGCCCGUGGGGGAUCUCCAGCCACUCCAAGUGCCCAAGCGUGAAACUACAUUUCUUUUGACACCAGAGCUUACUCCUAGAAAACUCAGAGCUUUGCCUUUUGAAAAAGCAGCUGGAUGCUAUUAUCAUGGACUCGAAUAUUGUCUAGAUAACAGAAGAGCCUUGGAGAGAGAUGUGGGAUAUGCUGAACUUCAAACUCGUCUUAUUCGCUACGAAACUCAGACAACUUGCACAAAGGAGUGCUGCCCUGUGCCACUUGUCUUGAGUCCUCUGCCAUCUCCUGCAGUCUUGUCAGAGCCUGGAAGUGUCCCUGAUGGAGAGUCUUUACAAAGUGAAUUCAAAACAGAGACAUCAAGGCUAAAAUGCAGAUCAAAAGACCUGGAUUACUUUUAUCCCAAGAAAAGGCUAACCAAAUCUGAGAGUACAGACUCCCUCCUGUCUCAGGCAAGUGGGAGCAGCAGGAGUCACUGUGCAGUUGGUGUGACGAGGAAGUGCUCAGAAAGAUCCGUUUCUGUGGCUGCAGUGCCAUCAAAACUGCCCAGCCAAGCCCACAGAGCAACCAUCAAGGCUGGCUCAGCUGCAGAGCCUGAGGCCUCAAAGCCAGAGAAGGAAUCAAGAUCCCAGAAGCACACGAGGAUGCUGAAGGAAGUGGUUGCUAAGACUCUUCAAAAACAUGGAAUUGCAGAGGAUCAUAAGUGCUUUGCAUCAUGCAGCCAACGUCUAUUUGAGAUAUCAAAAUUCUACUUAAAGGACCUUAAAACUUCUAGAGGACUUCUAGAUGAAAUGAAGAAAACAGCAAAUAGCAAUGCCAAACAGGUGAUUGAAUGGGUUUUGGAGAAGACUGGCAAGUAGAGGCACUGUGGAUUCCAUUCACACCUUCCCAGGAGCUGUGGAGAGAGCACUUCUGACUGGAGAAGCUUUAUACUGCCCAAUGCACACACAGAUCUGCACACUGGGAGGACUUUGGUCAGUGGAAUUAUAUAGACUCAUUCUUCAAGCACAGGAGGAUGGUUGGAAACUUCUUAUACUGAAAGUUUUAAUUUUUUUUUAAAUUCAAAUGAAAAGAGAUUGCAUUUUAUAUGUGUAUUUAUUAUGUUUGUUAAAAUGAAUAUAGCUUGACUUGGUUUAUAAAGCUUUGUAUCUUUUUCAACCAGUGUAUUUGGUUUUUAUACGAAUAAAAAACCCCACAUAUUUAAUUUUGAUACCUACUACUUCGUUUUACCUUUCUGUGUGAAGACCUCUGUUCUACUUACUACAGCUUGCUCUUGUAUAAACAGCUGUUUACAGCAUUGGCUGUUAACAUUUUAUACACUAAUUUAAAGAACAGUUCCUAUUUUGCAGGUGAA